AAAAUGGUUAUCUAAGAAAAUGGUUUAAUAUUCCGUGUAUGAUUGGUUGUCUACACAAACACGACGUACACUAAUACGCGAAUAACUGUCAUUUCAAUACAAGCAGAAUUUAUUAUUAUCUUUUAUCAAUUUGUAUUAUCACUCAUGGAUAAUAGAUAAUAAUUUCGAUAACAAAUCUAUAUAUUUAGUAAUAAGAAACAUUCUGGCAGUGAAAGUGUGUAUGUAUUGUGAUAUACCAAAAACAAAAAUGAAUAAAAAAGAGAUACACGCAUCAGAAACUAGUCGUACCAGAUACAAAGAAAGUAUAAGUUUAACGGAACAAACAAGUAGAGCGGGUGCAACACUACAUCAGCGUCAUCAUAUAGAGACAUCAACUACAAGAAAUCUGAGCGAAAGAAAGUUCAGCUAUCCUUCUGCAGCGUCUUCUUCUUAUACUCGUACUGCAUUAUCCAAGACACCGACGUUAUCUAUAGAUGCCAAACCUUAUGCUCCAAAUUAUCAAAGUCCUUUUCCACGGAGAACUGGCCCUUACCAGAGUCUCCGCGUGACCAGUACGUCCACAAUUACACCGCCUCCUACAGCAACUCUAUCAUCCUUAAGCCUGACAGGAAACGCUCCUUCUUCUUCUUCAACAAGUAUGAAGCUCACCGCCCAAUCAGCGUCUCCAUACAAGGCUUCAAGUUUACCGGAUGUCCAUUCAAACAUACCGACCUACACAUUCAAGGGAAAGCCACGAGGAAAAGUGUUGAUUAUCAACAAUAUGAAGUUUAUUAACAUCAAGGAAGAUAGAAAAGGUGCCGAGUAUGAUCAAGCGAGUAUGAAGGAGAUGUUUAAACAGUUUGGGUACAAAGUAGUUACUGAAAAAAAUAAGACCAAAAAGCAAAUGUUGAACACAAUAAAAUCUUUCAGAAAAGACAUGAAAGAGACAGAUAUAUCUAUAGUAAUUGUGAUGAGUCAUGGUACCAAUACUAAUGAAAAUCAACUAGCAGUUUCUGGAGGAUACACGGAGAUCUUAGGAGUGGAUGAUCAAGGGUUACCUAUAGAUGAAAUUUUGGAUGAAUUUGCAAGCGAUAAGUGUUCGGAUCUGAUCGGAAAGCCAAAAAUUUUCUUCUUCCAGUGUUGCAGGGGUACACAGUACGAAACAUUAGCAACGGACACAAAACCAACAGUAGCUUACAAAAGUCAUGCUGACAUGUUGAUCGCGCAUUCAACGCUACCAGGUUUCUAUUCGCUAAGGGACGAGAAACGUGGGAGUUGGUACAUUCAGUGCAUACAUAAGGUUUUCUCAGAGCACGCGAAAAAGAUGGAUGUCGAGAGCAUGCUCAAGAUUGUGGACGAAGAUUUAUCAAGGCAACAUUUCAUCCAUAAGCAGACUUCCACUUAUGAAUGUAGAGGUUUUAAGCGAUGCUACCUGACAUUGUGAUAUAAAUAAGUAAUUCGGUAAAAGGAAAAAUUUCAAUGUACUCUAUGGUUUUUCUGGUUCUCAAUGUUUGAUGUCCAGGCCGAUGAUUCAAUUGGCCAAUAAACAGCAUCGCUUUAUUUUUUUUGUCUGGCAGCUCUUGAACUUCUUGAGUUUGCUACUAAUGUUGGCCACUAAGCAAAAGAAUUUACCAACACUGAAUAGAAAUGAUAGCCAAAACAACAGAUUUUCAUUAAGCGGCUAAUGUAGGUAUGCCGAAAAGUACCUUUUUAGGUUGUGAUUAAAUAUUUUUUUGUAUUAUUUGGAUAAACUGUAUCGCACAAUAACAACAUAUUUAUAACCUCUCCUGUGUAUUAAAUUUUCAUAAAACUUGUUGGGUAUCGACGUCGUUUUUUAAUUGUAUACCCUACAGAAAACCUUGUAACGACAAAAAUGGGUGGUGGUCUGAAGCUCCUCGGUCUGGAGAGUGUGGGGGAUUUUCUGAUGUAUCUCGAAAGCAAUACGUGGAGCGACACAGACAUCUGGUUCUGGACAACUGUAGAGACAGUCAAGCAAUGCGUCGUCGUUUCAGAUAUUACAUGUACUGCUAACAGCAUAGCCAAUACAUACUAAAGGAUGUAGACAUUGAGAAAUGUUGACCCUUACAGAAG